ACACGUGUGUACUUUUUUUGUUUCCAACUGGUUUUUAUUUUUUUCCGCAAUGCUUUACCGAGUGUGUGUGUGUGUGUCUGUGAGAGAGAAAGAGAGACAGUUUCGUUCGUGCGCGCGCACCUAUGUGCGAGACAGUCAGUCAGGGGCGGUGAGGAGCUCCAGACCGGCGCAGAGAGGAGAGAGGGUUGUGCCCCGCCCCUCUCGGACACGUUGCCCAGGGAGAGGCUGCACGGGCUGCAUAGGACUCCUGCCCGCCCGCCCGCCUUCUACGGAACGUACACGUUUUCGGCGUCCCGUAGCCUACCUACCUGCGUCUGCUGGUUUCGCUCCAUCGGCAGUGAGCUCGGUCCGUCAGCGCGUUCACACACGCACUGUCCGCUGCGUGUCCCCAACGCACCGAGCCAGACGGGAAACACACGGUUCACUUCUUGGUCCGUGAUGCUCUCUGCUGGCUGAGAGACCAGCUCCCAACAUGUCGACCUCGGACUCGGAUUACUCCAUUGACUGGCUCGCCAGCGAUGAGGACGACUACGACAGCCCAAAGAGAUUAAGUCCUCAGCGUGCAGAGGAGAUGCCAUUGCCGCCGUCAUCCACCUCAUCCUUAAGAGAGUCUCCUAAAAGCUGCUCCCACUCCCAGCAGAGGAGGAGGAGGAGGAGGAGGGACUACUGUGACCGUAAAGACGAAGUCCGCUGUGGGGUCGAUGCCGACUCUCCAGCGGUCACUCCGGUUCAGGGAUUUACGUCUGUUUGUGAGCAGCUUUGUGUGGAGUCAACGCAUCAGUCGACCAGGAAAAGAGCACACAGCGCUGGUUCAGUCGGACUCUGUGAAAAGACUCAGCCUGACGCUGGAAAUGAACUAUUCUCGCAGAAGUGCGUGGAGCUGCGCUGCUACCUGCAGCCUCUGUCGGCCAUCCUGCGGGGCCUACGAGCAGGCAGGUACUCUGAACGUCUCAGUAGUUUCCAGGAGAGCGUCGCAAUGGACCGCAUCCAGAGAAUUAUGGGGGUCCUUCAGAAUCCAAACACGGGAUGUUUGUUUUCUUCCGGUUUUUCACCAGCCACAGGAAACGUCAUCAACCCGGCCACUCCCUCCCACUUUCAGCUCAGUCGGACAUUGCACAGACUUCAUGCUCGCGAGCUGGCAGGUGGACGUUUCCUCAGCAUUAUACUGAAGAUAGAAGAAAUGCUUCAGAGUUGGUUCCCUCACAUCAGACCAGUCCUGACGCAGACAGACGACUGCACUCCAGCUAAGAAGCAAAGGCAGCUUCAUGCCUCCCCUCCUCCAUCCUCUCCGGCGUCUCCCUGCUCCCCAGACUCCUCCCCCCACCUCAAACGUCUCCACGCGUCGGCCACCUGCUCCCUGAAGACGCCUGAACCGCCGCUCGGCCCGCGCGCCGCCUCCGCGUCCCGUCGGACCGCGCGCUGCAGCCAGAGCCAGGAAGUGACCCAGGACAACGCCGUCUCCUCCAGCACCGACUCGCACCCGGGGCCCCGGCGCCGCCUGGGUGCCGGCGCCAGCCUCAGCCGGGGGGCGCCGCCCUUCAAGAUCAGCUCGCCGUGUCUGGAACGACUCCUGCGGGCGCAGGAGAGCAUCAUCGCUCCCAGGACUGUGGCAGAUGGAGGCUGGCUGUCUUGAGAGAGAGAGAGAGAGCGAGAGGGAGCUUCCUGUGCUGUGUUGAAAAUCAGAGGCUGAUCUGGGUGAGACAGGAUCUCAUCGUGGUUUCCACGGACGAUUCAAGGCCUUAAAAAAAAGCAUGUUUCAAAGUCUUUUACAUCUUUUUUUAUUUUAUUUUUUAAUCUACAGCUGACGUGCAGUUUGCUCGGACGUCAGGAACUCCAGCGGAAAGAGUCCGACGUGAUGGGGCCUCGGUUAAACGGGUUUCGUGCUUCUCGCGGUCGGGGACGUGCAGACGACCCAUCCGGUCGUUCAUAUGGACGGCGGUCAGAAGCGGCUGCUCCUGGAACGGACUUCUUCUGUCCCUCUCUUUUUAUUUUUAAGAUAAUUGUUUGGGCUAUUUUAGGCCUUUUAUUAACAGGACAGAUGAAGAAAUG